CGAAAAGGAAGCAAGUUUUCAAAAAUUUCAAGUAUUAAAUUAGGUGUAGGUACCUAUGCAGUUUUAAUAUCAAUUCAAGAGGUAAACUUCGCUUUAAAAAGCCGUCUAAUCCAUUACAUGACGAUACCAAGUCCUUCAAAACGGGAAUCUCCUGACGCCGUACCCCGCUCAUAGGGUCACUCAUAGGGUGACCAACUGCCGAGUUCAGUAGCCUGUAUAUCAGGCUAUCCCCUCUGAAGUGCAAAACACUACUGUACAUACCUUCUUCCAUCGAUUUUGGCAAGUCGGGGUUCAACGAUGGCUUGGUACGUUGCUUGUUAAGGAGCAAUGUACGGAAUUUAUCCAAUCAGACUCGAAAAGUCUGUACUAUGCUGGCACCUAUAUAUUCCCCGCUUCCUUCGUCGACUACUUGACCUAGGUCCUUACUUCAUCUUAUAUAUACAAGACGUUAACUAGUCUCGAUAACAUAAAUACCUUGCACCAUCCUCAUAAACACUCAGUCACAGUAUCGGAGAAACAUCAUACAAGUUUCCUCGGAAUAUAUCGACCAAAAUUGACUUACACCAAACCUAGGUACACUUACAAAAACUACAAUGAACGGCAACUCAACACAACCCCGACCGCUAAGUGUCAUCGUGACCGGCGGCUCGAGCGGGCUCGGAGCCGCGAUGACAAAGUACUUUGCUUCUCUAGGUUAUGCCGUCAGUAUUUUUGACGUCAACACCUCCUUAGGCCACAAGGUGGUGACCGACACAGGAUCAGAGUAUCCGCAAUCAACUAUCAACUUCAAGCGCGUAGACGUCACGUCGUGGUCGGACCUAGACACGGCGUUUAGGGAGGUCUACCAGCAGCGCGGCGCCGUCGACAUCGUCAUGGCCAACGCUGGCAUCUCGGAACAAGGUGUUAGCAGUCUGACGCUCGUCGACGAGGAGGAGCCGUCGCAGCCAAGACUCAGGACGCUGGACGUAAAUCUUACGGGUGUGAUAUACACCGUCAAACUUGCAGCACACUACAUUAGGAAGAACAAGCCAGAUCCCACAACAGGAUCACGGGGUACCAUCAUCUGCACCUCUUCAAAUGCGGGCCUAUACCCAUUCCCCGUAGCUCCUAUGUACGCUGCCUCAAAAGCCGGCGUUAUCGGGCUCGUUCGAUCCCUAGCAAGGGUUCUCGAGCGCGUUAACAUCCGCAUCAACGCACUAGCACCCGCAGUCCUCGAAAGCGGUAUCGCUCCAUCCAAAGCCUUAUUCGAGGAGAUGAUCGUCACGCCGCAGGAGACGCUCAUCAAAGGCAUCGCGCAGCUCAUCGGGGACCCCAAGAUCAACGGCGCUGUGGCUGAGAUCCACGGCGACAGCGUGACGCUGCGUCCGCCACACGAGUACGUGGACGAGGCUACGUACGCUAACAUUGAGACUUUCUGGAAACUCGGCAUUGCUUGAGGUGGUGAUUUGAUUCGUUUGCUAGAGUCUCUUAGAGAAUAGAAGCGGGUAGGGAUUAUUGGCAAUAUUCAGCUGCUAUGGCGCCGCUAUAGGUUAGUCAGGCAUUUUCGGGAGUAUAGAAAAGGUACUAGGCUUGGGUUCGUGGGUGAUGUAUAAUGUAUAUGGCUAUGGAAACCUGUUUAAUGACUACUAUCCAGAAAGUAUAUUCAAAGCAAGCUGUACUGUCAAU